AUGGCUUGCCCUGGUCCAUCAAAUCGUUGCCCCUCACCAGGAUCUGAGGAUGAAAUGUGGUCAGGCAAUGAUGGCAAAGAAGAUGAAACCCGUGAUUCAAAAAUGGCGGCUUUUUUGGAGGACAAGUGGGUUCCAAUGAGUGACGAUGAACUCAACAGCAGCCGUGCCAGCCGCCUGGCCAGGAAAAAAGCCACUGUCCCACAAGACAACAAUACGCCCCCCCCUGAAGGCAAAGCUUUUGAUCCCAACACCGACUUCACAACACUAUCAACAACCAAACUGAAACGUCUGAACACCAGUGACCUUCCAAGACCCGAUCUGGCCAAAUGUUCCGCAAUCCAGCCCCCACAAUUCUCACAAGCUCACCGGAGCACAAUCGCCAUCAAGAGGACUCAGCAGCUAACCAUUUCUCAAGUUGAUGAAACAUUACAAGUCGUGGAGCAAAUACGCGAUGAGUUAAACAAGCAGGAAGAGCCCCAAGUCCGCAAACCACGCCGCAAAUCACCUCAAGGCCCCUCAAACUUACAACGAACUGAUUUGCGCAAGUUCCUAUGGCUCCACUGCGCGGUGCUUUUGGGAUGGUCCUCAAAAGUCAAAAAAUUUCCACGUCCAGCUACCAAGGGCGAAAAAAGCGAAUGGGGACACCCCCUGAGGUCAUUGUCAACCCAAGAUUCAAACCCUUACAUCCAUGAAGCGGCAACACCUCAGCAAAUCACAAUCAUCAAGAAAAUGAUGCAUCAAGCGGGCAUCCGCCGAUUUGCGCCAAAUUUUAUGGAACCACCGAAUAGCAACAAUAACAAGUUCCUCUGGGAUCUAGCAAUUGACGUUUUUGUCGAGCUCAUCGAAUGCAGUGAGUAUGCUAAUGUAGAUGUCUAUCUUCAGCAACGCAACAUUGUUGCAUCAGAGUUGCACAAAUAUGUCAGAGAAACGCUUGCGCGCAAGUAUAAAAAAGAGAACCUUUGGAACCAAGACAAACAAACCAGUCACACAAACGCCCAAAAGUGCAAAGGUCGUCAAUCAUAUCUGGCUGAAGCACGCUUAGGUACGGCAGCACAAAUCAGAGGCUUAGAAUGCCUGUACCCUGUCAUCAAAGCGGCAACCAGUGAAGAUGCCCCUUUGAAGAACCGCAAGCGAGGUCAUAAGCACUGCAAGGUCCUGGCCGUCCCUUGGCGCAGCUCGAAAAUCACACAGGUUUUCAUCCGACUUGACAAAAUCAGUGCCUAUCAAAAGGAGGCCAAUUUCAUCAAGCCCAGCGGACCACCGCCCCGUAUCCGCCGCCGACUGGAGCAUGCCGCACCGGGCUCAGUGCAGUCAAGUGCCCGUCUGCCUAAAAACUGCUAUAGCUCGAGGUGGUUGGAAAAACUUUCCACCAAACAACACCAAAACAUUCAACCCGGUCCACCGUGUGAUUUGAAGAAGAUUAUGCAGCAAAUGCCAGCUGUCCCUUGCUCAUAA